UGCACCGCGCCGCGGACGGGGUCGGUGGAGACCGAGCGGAGUCUCCGUCUCGGGACCGCAACCUCCGGGGGGCGAUCGCUGGACAUCAAAGCGUCCCCGCCCGGCCCGUCGUGCAGCCCCGCCCGCGCCGCGCACCGGGGACCAGCCCAGUAUAAAAGCAUCGCCUGACAGCAGCUGCUGCCCGCCCGGAGCCCGCGGGACAUCGGAUCGUUUGGAGAGUCCGGAGCAGGGAGGGAGCCGGGGCCAGGACCUCCGCCCCGGCUCGGCUUCGUUGCUGCUGAAUUGGACCCAGUCACACAGAGAGGAGCCGACCCCAGCCCAGCGCCUGCAGCAGCGUCUGUAGCCUGAGUGUCGCUCAGAGACAAUGGAGUCAGCAGCUCAGGACAGUGAGAGCCAACAGGCACUGCGGGGGAGUGUUAAUAGCGGUGGACACCAGAAGAGUGGCGGGAAGCCAGAACCUCGUCAUAACCGCAAGAAAAAUAUAAUCGCCCUCGCAGUCGCCCUCACAGUUGUGUCCUUGGGUCUCAUCAGCGCGGUUAUUGUCCAAGCAGUGCUGAGACCUAAGCUUCUGUCAGAUGAUCCGGGCCCCCCUGCUGGCUCUGCAUGCCCGGAGGGCUGGGUCGGGUACCGAAAGAAAUGCUACUAUUUCUCCGAGACUGAAGGGAACUGGACCUAUAGCCAGAGACACUGCUCUUCCCUCGGCGCCUCCUUGGCUGGGAUCGACAGGGAGCAGGAAAAGGCGUUCCUGCUGCGCCAUAAGGGUGUCCAUGAGCACUGGAUCGGCCUCCGGAGGGAGCAGGGGCAGCCCUGGAAAUGGGCCAACGGCACCGAAUUCAACCACCCGUUUGUGAUCAGAGGAGGAGGUGACUGCGCGUAUCUGAAUGGCGGGAAUGAAGUCAGCAGCUCACAGUGCUACAUGGAAAGACUGUGGAUCUGUAGCAAACCGGAGGUGUAUGUGAUGGGAAAAGGGACUGCACUGGAAGGGAGCUCAAAAUAAGUCUCUGAGGGCUUGUCUACAUUACCCGCAGGAUUGACAGGCAGCAAUCGAUCCAGCGGGGGUCGAUUUAUCACAUCUAGUCUAGACGCAAUAAGUCGACUUCCGAGCGCUCUGCCGUCGACUUGGUACUCCACCUGAGCGAGAGGUGCAGGUGGAGUUGAAGGGAGAGCGUCAGCUGUUGACUCACUGCAGUGAAGACACCGCAGUGAGUAGAUCUACGUACGUCGACUUCAGCUACGCUAUUCACAUAGCUGAAGUUGUGUAACUUAGAUCGAUCCGCCCUCCAGUGUAGACCAGGCCCUAGAAAUUACACCGAUACAACUCACACUUAAAUGAACCAUGUCCCCAUUCGUCAGCCUGGCCAACCUCAAGAUCUCAAAAUCAGGCAGUGGGGCCCUCAAGCAACAAGCAUGUGUAGUUUAAACCGUGGAUUCUUUGUAUGUGCUUAGGGUGACCAAAUGUCCUGAUUUUAUUGGGACAGUCCUGAUUUUUGGGUCUUUUUCUUAUAUAGGCUCCUAUUACCCCCACCCCCUGUCCCGAUUUUUCACAUUUGCUGUCUGGUCACCCUAUAUGUGCUUCUGCUUUAAACUGAGGGUCACAAUGUCAAGCUUUUCUCUGCAGCUGAGAGGGAGUGAUCUUAUGAGAAGGAGUCUCAGCCACACACUGGGGAAAUGAGGGAAGGGGAGGCCUUGUUAGUUUAGACUCCAGAACAGCAUUUCUCAAACGUGGCCACCAGCCGAUAGAGCCUCCAAAGCGCCUCGACAAUCACUGAGAUGUUAAGUAUUAAAGUUGCCUUGUAAAUGCCAUAAAUCAUAAUGCACCCUCCCUUCUAAAUAGUAUGGUCCAGGUAGAGCUGAACUACAUAGGUGUUGCUCUCUUUCAAGUCACAAAGCGUAUUCAUUGGCUAAUCACUGUGCUUACAUCUCAUGUUACUGUAGCUCCGUAAGCGGCUAUUAGCCGUCUCACUGCAUGGUGUUUGGGUAGGUUGCGAUUGUUCAGGGGGGAGGUGAAAGAGUUAAAAAUGCAAAUGGGGAUCAGAAAGUAUUUCGAAUAAUCUAGUGCCAGCAAAUGACCCUGAAUGUGACAGAGAGAAAAAUGAACAUUUCAGCACUGGGGGAAGAGCAGUUUCUUGUUUCUGAAGCAUCCGAUUCCAUUCCUGAGCAAGUUGCAGUGUGCGCUGUUUGUAAGAGAGAAAUUCAUCACAUUGAAAUGUAUGUAGUGCAACGUCCCUAUAGCACUCAUGCCGGGGAAGUUGAACAAAAUUACCACGGUGAGUUUCAGAGGCGCAAGCUGUUAAAUGAUGCAAAAACCAAGCUCAAAAGACAACAGCAACGGCUCAGAGAUUUUGUUGUUACUAUUAUCAUUAUUAUUACUGGGUUGGAUUCAUUUUUGUAGUUGUCAAUGAAAGAAAUUUUGGACAUAUUGGCAGAUAUGUUCUUUAAUUAUGAUUUGGACUAUUAUGUAAAGCAUUUUAAAAUGUAGUUCAGAAUUGUUGUACAGCCAUCCACCUUUUACUAAAAAAGCAAAAGAACAACACAAAAGACAAGAACGUGCAAAACACUUGUUUGGUUUUGUGUUGAGGUCCAGUAAAGAAUAGACACAACUGUACCUUGUAUUUAUUAUUGAGUCUGGGGAAAAAACCCUAUGUAAAUAUGCACAUGUAAUGUAUUUAUUUGUUUUUCCUACAGUUAAUUAAGUAUUGUCUGAGCCGCAUUCUGAGGAUGCUAGAAAUUUGGGAGAACCCCGGCUCGAGAAAGUGUUAUGGUUUUGUUUUCUAUGUAACCAUUACUUCACAGUAUUUAUUCACUCUCGCUUGCAUUUCUGUUCUUUGAUGAUAAGCUCAUUCUUGUUUUCUGUGUAUAUAGAUUUAUAGCUAAGUGCUGUGUUCUAAAUAGAGUGGUUGGUUUGAACUGAA